GAUGAAAUCCACAGAACGAAAGCUUUGCUUGCUUGUGUAAGUCAUGAUUGGAUUUGGAUUGUUGCUUACUUUGACCCUGACCUGUGGAAAUGGCUUAUAUAUACAAACUGUGCAAACAUUUCAAAACUUUAACCAAGGUGAAAGGAGAUCUCGAGCUGCUGUUGCUUUUACUGCCCUUUUGUCCAAAGACACAACGGUUGGCAGUCAAGGGGUUGUAAAGUAUGACACAGUGCUGACCAAUAUUGGUGGGGCUUAUAAACCAUCCACGGGAAUAUUUACCGCGCCCUAUCAGGGUGUUUAUACUAUAUCAUGUAGCCUUAUGAGUCAUCCAAAAAACUCCGUUCACCUUAAUGUUAUGAAAAAUGGCGUUAAACUGUCUAUGUUGUACUCUGCGUCUAGUUCUUUUCCUCAAUCUGGACAAACACUGCAGCUCUUUCUCAAAAAGGGAGAUAAAAUUUGGAUUCAAAACUACCAAAACAAGAAGGGAGCCAUAUUACAUGAUCAUGGCUCCUAUAAUUCAUUUUCUGGCGCAUUGGUAAAUCAGUUGUGAAAUUAAAGGUAGUAAAUGUUUAUCAUAAAGUUUG